AUGAACAGCGGGGCCCCAGAGACCCUGGCCGUGGGGAGAGUGAAAUUCUUCGGCCGGCACCGCGGAGAGGUCAACUCCUCCACCUUCUCCUCCGAUGGCCAGACGCUGCUUACAGCCUCAGAGGAUGGCUGUGUGUACGGCUGGGAGACCCAGAGUGGGCAGCUGCUGUGGAGGUUGGGUGGCCACACAGGCCCUGUGAAGUUCUGCCGCUUCUCCCCGGAUGGCCGCCUCUUUGCCAGCACCUCCUGCGACUGCACCAUCCGCCUGUGGGACGUAGUGGGAGCCAAGUGUCUGCGGGUCCUGAAGGGUCACCAACGGAGUGUGGAGACGGUCAGCUUCAGCCCUGACUCAAGGCAGCUGGCUUCAGGUGGCUGGGACAAGCGUGUGAUGCUCUGGGAGGUGCAGUCCGGCCAGAUGCUGCACCUCUUAGCUGGGCACCACGACUCCGUCCAGAGCAGUGACUUCUCACCCAGCGGGGACUGCCUGGCCACUGGCUCCCGGGACUCUACUAUACGCAUCUGGGAUCUGCGGGCGGGUACCCCAGCAGUCUUCUACAAAGAACUAGAGGGCCACAGUGGCAACAUCAGCUGCCUGCACUACUCAGUAUCGGGCCUCCUGGCAUCUGGCUCCUGGGACAAGACCAUCCACAUCUGGAAGCCCAGGAACAGCAGCCUCCUCCUCCAACUCAAAGGCCACGUCACCUGGGUGAAGAGCAUAGCCUUCUCCCCAGACGAACAGCGGCUGGCCAGUGGUGGCUACUCCCACAUGGAAGUCAAAGUCUGGGACUGCAACACAGGAAAGUGCCUGGAGACCUUGAAGGGAGUCCUGGAUGUGGCCCAUGCCUGUGCCUUCACCCCAGACGGGAGACUCUUAGUGUCUGGAGCUGCUGAUUAG